UUUUCCCUUUGGCGUUCUCCCUCCGAUCCCUUUCUCGCGGGGCACACAGAAAGGCACCCCGCGCGAUCAACGACGACGCGACUCGUCGUCGCUCGUUGGCGGCCGCGCGGAUCGAUUCACCUGUCACUUGUCAAGUUAAGGCGAACGUUUAAGAUUCGUCGUCGCGCCACGACGCACACCACUCUCUCUCCGUAGCUCGUCGCGGCGCACCGUAGCGCAGUACAGGCACACAGCGCAGCGCAACGCACCGAACGAACCACCAACAACACCACCACUCACAACAGAACCAAACUACUGAGAGAGACCAACACACGGCUACAAAUGUACAAAUGACGUACAAACGUAAGAAAUAUCAUCGAGGAGAUACACAUUUAAAAAAAGGUUGGAGAACCAAAAGAAGAACCAAAGAUUUGGACGAGAUUGACGAAGAUUUAAAAGAAGAAAAUGUGAAACAAUUGUUAAAUCAAGAAAUUGAUUUUGACAAACCAGGAAGUGCACAACAUUAUUGCAUCCAUUGCGCGAAAUAUUUUAUAGAUAAAACUGCAUUGCAAAGUCAUUUUACAACGAAGGUACAUAAACGUAGAUUAAAAGCAUUGGAAUUAGAACCCUACACAAUUGAAGAUUCUGAAAGGGCUGCUGGCAAAGGAAAUUACAUACAACCGAAAAAAAGAAAAAUAGAAACUUUGACAAUAGAUAAUGAAACUGGCACAAUACCAAAAGCUAAUUUUAAACGGUACAUGUAAACGAGAGCACACAAUAAAACGACUAAAAGGAACAUACAGAAAUACAGUGUUAUCGAAACAGCUGUUUUGGACAAUCUUAAUCCAAACGGACAAGGAAGUGUCCCACCAUAAAUGCUUCUCUCUUUUCCAUCUGUAAAACAAUAAAAUUAUCUAAACAUUAUAUUUCA